AAUGUUUAGUCUAUGUGAAGAGUAAGCAUAAUAUACAAGCUCAUCCUUUGUGAGAUCACAUAAAAUAUCGAGAUUUAAUGAGCAUUGCAGCUUCCAACUCCUUGUUAUGAGACGAUUUGACACGUUUAAACGUGCAUAUAUACAUUCAUACUAACCAUCAGCCGCAUCUGGAUCUUAAUAAUUUCUCACGUUUUCAGUUACCGGACAUCUGAAAAUUCUCGCGAAAAUAUUACCAAUAAAUUGUAGGACACUAAUUAGAACAAAUAUACUUGGAAGACGCGACUUUCUUUCUGAUCGUAGUGGUGCAGCAUUUUUGGUACCAACGGUUACUCGCUGCCUUGAAAACGCAAAUUACACAAUUCACCACCAUUCUCGCCUUUUUCCUAUAAAAAUACCACAGAAUAGUGAUGGAUACGGAUUACCACCCCUACCACAGAAUUCAGAAAAUCAUUACACUAAUUCGGCUCGAGAAACUUUAAAUAAAAUUUUAAAUUCCAUUCCACCCAGCAAAACGAUGGUUGCAGUAAGUGAAAAAUUGCCAAAUGUGGUCUUUGUUCUCGGUGGUCCGGGAGCCGGGAAGGGGACACAGUGCUCCAAAAUUGUAGAGUCCUUUGGCUUUGUCCACCUCUCGGCUGGCGACCUUCUUCGAGAAGAGAGAAACAAACCUGGCUCAGAGUAUGGGGAAUUGAUCGAGAAACACAUAAGAGACGGGACGAUUGUUCCGGUCGAAAUUACCUGUUCCCUCAUUGAAAGGGCGAUGAAUGAAAGUGGUUCCAGCCUGUUCCUCAUUGACGGAUUUCCUCGCAACCAAAACAAUCUUGAAGGUUGGGAGAAGGAGAUGUCGGACAAAGUAAAUGUUCUCUUUGUCCUCUUUUUCGACGCUCCUGAAGAGGUCUGUGUCGAACGGUGUUUAUCUCGCGGUCAGGCCGGCAGUGGGAGAUCAGAUGAUAACCCGGAGAGCUUGAAGAAACGGGUCAACACCUAUGUAAAUGACACCAUGCCGAUAGUCAACCACUUUUAUGAGAAAAGUUUGGUCCGCAAAGUGAAUGCAGCCCUGGAUCCAGAGCAGGUCUUUGGAGAGGUCAAAACAAUUUUCAACGGAAUUCUCAACAACCAAUAACUUAUGACUAAAUCCAGCAGCAUAUUCCAACUAGCAAUGACUUCCUCUUUACCGCCACAAGAGGUUUUUUUUUCAUUUUCAACGUAUCUAAUGACGUACUUACUGAGGACGCGGACAAUUGUUGCUAGAUUCCAAAAAACAAAACUUUGAGGAACUUUUUUAUACUCACUUGCUUGAUGAAAACUUGCUUAAUUAAGUAGUAUCACAUUUGAUUCCAAUAUGAGUCCUGUCCUAAAUACCUAUCGUGAUGCUGAGUGUACCUUAGGAUUAGAGUAGUCUGUAGUAGAAAAAUAUCGCAAUCUUGACCUAUCUUUUAACCCCUCGAUAUCCUAUAUAUAUUAUUAUUAUUCAUCAUCAAGCAACGAUUCAAAAGUAGAACUAUAAUACUACAUAUAAAUAUUCCAAGUAGAGACAAAUUAUAAGGGAAAUAUAAAAUAUAUUAUGCCAAUAAUACAAACAAUUAUUUAAGCCAUGUAACUAGAGUAUCAGUGUACUAUUUAUUUGUCAAAAUUAAUUUCAAAAAUUAAAAAACGUAUAAUAAUGAAAA